CAUCAUCAUCACCAUGGUUGGACGUCUGGCCGGCAAGAACGCCAUCAUCACCGGUGCUGCGGGAGGCAUUGGCCUUGAGACGGCCAUCCUCUUUGCCAAGGAAGGCGCCAGCGUCCUCCUCGCCGACAUCUCCGAGCCCGCCCUCGAAAAGGCCCUAGCCAAGGUCAAGCAGCUGGUCCCCAAUGCCCCUCGCCUGGAAACCAGAAAAUGCGACGUCUCCAAGGAGUCUGACGUCCAGGCCAUGAUCGAGUCCCUCGACGCCUGGGGCGGCAUGGACGUCAUCUUCAACAACGCCGGCAUCAUGCACGCCCGCGACGACGACGCCAUCAACACCCCCGAGGACAUCUGGGACCUCACCCACAACAUCAACGUCAAGGGCGUCUGGUUCGGCUGCAAGCACGCCGUCCUCGCCCUGCGCCGCAACAAGAAGACCCGCGGCUCCGUCAUCAACACCGCCUCCGUCGUCGCCCUCGUUGGCGCCGCCACGCCCCAGCUCGCCUACACUGCCUCCAAGGGCGCCGUCCUCGCGCUCACGCGGGAGCUGGCCAUGGUGCAUGCCCGGGAGGGCUUCCGCUUCAACAGCCUGUGCCCUGCGCCGCUCAACACGCCGCUGCUGCAGGACUGGCUGGGUGACGACAAGGCCAAGAGGCAGCGCCGCGAGGUGCACUUCCCGAUGGGCCGGUUCGGCGAGGCCGUCGAGCAGGCGCAUGCUGUGGUGUUCCUGGCGAGUGAUGAGGCGAGCUUUGUUAAUGGCAGCGACUUUGUUGUUGACGGCGGCAUGACCAAGGCGUACGUUACUGCCGAGGGGCCUGCGCCGCCAGCACCUGUCAACAACGCCUUGAAGGAUUCGUUGGAGUGAUGAUUGUAUUUAGAACACAGGAUAAAUGAAGAA